AUGGAGCGUGUGCAGGCGGAGGAGACCGCGCCAUGGCGGACGGCGGCGCCGUCCCUCGCACGGGUGCCCCGGCUCGGUGGCUCGCGGGCUACGGGCGUCCUCGACGGGCCGUGGGCGUCCGGAUUCGCCUACGCGGUCCUGCUGCUCGGCGUCGGCUUCAUCUGCCGCGCCGUGCUCCCGUCCCGACCGAUGGAGCGCGUGCAGGCGGAGGAGGACAGGGCCGCGGCGGACGCCGACGCCGACAGCCACCAUGACGUCGCGUCCCCCGACAAGGUGAUGGCCCGGUGCGGGUACCUCCUCGUGGCCGCGCCGAUGAUGGGGACCUGCGCCGGCCUCCUCGAGGGCCCCUGGGCGGCCGGCUUCGCCUACGCGGCCCUGCUGCUCGGCGUCGCCUCCAUCUGCCGCGCCGUGCUCCCGCUCCCGCCCCGACGGAUGGAGCGUGUGCAGGCGCGCGAGCGCCGCGCCGUGGUCGACGACGCCGGCAACCACCAGGAGGCCGCCUUCCCCAACGCCGGGAUGACAUGGUGCGGGUACCUUCUCGUGGCCGCGCCCGUGAUGGGGGCCUGUGCCGGCCUCGCCGACACGCCGGGUGCGGCACUCUUCGGCUACGCACUCUUGCUGCUCGGGUUCGCCUUCAUCGGCCUCGCCAUGCUCCCGCUCCGACCGAUGGAGCGUAUGCUGGAAGAUGAGAACCGUCCCGUCGGGAGCGGCAAUCGCCGAGGGGACGAGACCGUCGUCCGUGGCGCGGGGACCAUGGCCAUGGACUGGACCGGCUACUUCUUCGUGGCCGCACCGGUGGUGGCCAAAUGGGCCGGCCUCGUUGAGGGGCCGGCAGCGACUUUCUUCGCCUUCGCACUGCUGCUGCUGGGCAUCGCCUUCUUAAUUAUGGCCAUGCUCGCGGUGGCCAAGCCCAAGAUGGCCUGA